AUGGCCGACUACCGCGACAUCUGGUCCCCCGCCAAAAUCUUCUCCCCCACCGCCACGCGCCACUCCCAAUCCUCAAAAGACUGGACCUACGCCGACCAAUGGCUGCGCACACGCUACCACCCGCGCCCCGUCCCGCCCUUCGAGCGCACCCCCGACACGCUCAAGGCUCUGCUCGCGCUGGCGGCCGCCAACGAGGCCGCCGACGACGAACGCGCCCUCGCAAAGAAGGUCAAGGAGCACACCCUCGAGGCGCUACAGAAACGCGAUGCCGAUUCCGCAGGCGAGAGCGAGAACGUGCUCGCCGCCGUCGAGGAGCAUCUUACGGCCGAGGGCGUGCGCGCGCUGAAUUCGCUGGCGCUGCUGGCGGUGGCUGUGGGCGCGGAGAGGGUGGAGAGGACUGAGCUAGCAACCCGCCUGAUAACGCUCAGCAAGCACGAACACGCACUCUCACAGCAAUCCCUGCACCUGCGCGCGCUGCACAGCCGUCUCGAAACCGACCUAGCGACGCUCAACGGCGCCAUCGCGCGCCUGGCGCACGGCGGCGAGUAUGUCGUGCCAGCCGAGCUAGCGGGGCAGGUGGGCGAGUGGGGGCGUGCGACCAGGCACCUGGCGGGGAAGGUUGAUGACUAUCGGGAGCGCCUUCGGGAUGAAGGGGAGAGGGCAGGGGUGACGGUGGAGGAGCUGAUUGAGAAGGAGAGGGAGGUGCUGGCGCUGAAGGAGCGGGUGCUGGAUUUGGAGGCGAGGGUGAAGGGGUUCCAGGGGCUGCCGCCGGAGAGGGAUUUGGCGAGGGUGGAGGUGGAGAGGGUGGAGAGGGAGUUGGCGGGGUUGGAGGCGAGAAGGGAGGCGUUGUAUGAUAAUAUGGUGGGGGGUUAG